UGAAUUUGGAGCCCUCGUUCCCCAGCGCGGAACUUAGAGCGAGGAGUUGGCGUUCGAAUUCGCCCCGCCGCCUCGACGCCAUUGGCUGGUUCGCGGACGGCGGCGACACGCCAUUGGCCCGUCGCCUCGCCCCGCCCCGUGCCCUGGUUGGCCGGAGACAGCGCGGAGGGAGUUAAAGAGUCGGCGCCUGCGGGUGGGCUCAGCAAGGCGAGCUCGGACUCCCUCGUCGCCCGCCGGUGUAGCUGCGUCCUCCGUGGCCCCAGGCCUUGACCUCCCCCUGGACCUGGGCACCCCUGGUCUCCUGGCUCCCGACGUGCCUGUGCGCUCGCCUAGAGGUGAAGAAAGGGGAGCAGGGACAGGGGGACACCUGGAAACUGAGUGGUCGCUGGAAGUGACGUCUCUGCUGCUGUUCGCGGGGGGAGCCGGCUCAACUUGGAUCUUUCAGAAUUUGUUUCCUGGGCUAUGGGAGAUGUAAGCGAAUUAAAAAUGCAAAUAACACCGGAAACUCCAGGAAGGAUCCCCAUUUUAAAUCCCUUUGAAAGUCCUAGUGAUUAUUCUAAUCUCCAUGAACAAACCCUUGCCAGUCCUUCUGUCUUUAAAUCCACAAAACUACCAACUCCAGGGGAAUUUAGGUGGUCGAUCGAUCAGCUGGCUAUAAUAAAUCCUGUAGAAAUAGACCCAGAGGAGAUUCAUCGUCAGGCCUCCUACCUAAGUCGUUCUCGAACAGAUAAAGAUGUGGAAGACAAAAGACAAAAGGCCAUUGAAGAGUUUUUCACUAAAGAUGUCAUUGUACCCUCUCCUUGGACUGAGCAUGACGGGAAACAGCCUUUAGAGCUUCAUCCCAGUAAAUGCCUUAAUAGCAACAGUGACUCUCCUGUUGGGCAGAAGCUGAUACGUCCCUCAGAGAAGUGCAAUGCUUCGUGUCAGACUCUGCUGUCUCUUCCUGUGGAUUUUAAUUUGGAAGCCAUAUUGGGAGACUAUUUUAGAACUGACGACUCUGCAGACCAAUCUCCUGGCAACCUCAGUUCCUCCUCUCUCAGAAGAAAGCUCUUUUUGGAUGUGAAUGGGAGUAUCUCUGACUCCUUACCUUUAGCUUCUCCUGGAAGUCCCAGCAGUGCUCGAGAAUCUCUUGAGGGACAGUUUUCUUCUAGCCCCAUUAAGAAUGGUGCAAGAAAAUACAGCUUGGGGAGCAUAACUAGCCCAUCGGCUAUUUCUCCACCCACUUUCUCACCAAUUGCACUUCAAGUAGGAAAGACCCCACUCUCAGAACAGAGGAAGUUUACAUUUCAUUCUCCUGAAGCUUCAUCUGGAGCCAGUUCUACGGGGAUCACUAAUCCAAGCAUCAGGAGUCCGUACAUAGAUGGCUGCUCACCAAUUAAAAAUUGGUCUCCUGGGAGACUCAGAGGUGGUCCUCAGUACUUGUCCUCACUAAUUCGGAUCCCUUUUACUCUUGAGACUCACAGUGAAGAUGAAGAAGACACCGUUCCCUCCACAGAUGUCUCUCCACGAGGCACAAAUGCGACAGGAGCCCUUCAGCAGUUGAACUGUGAGACUUUGGCAUGUAGCGAGCCUUUGGGUGUCACCGCCAUGUCCGUUACACAAAGUCAGUCUAGUACUUCUGAGAAAGAAUUGGCGCUGUUGGAGGAUGUUGAAAGCGAGAGGGAAAACGAGACCGUGGAUAUGUUCGACCCUAUAGACAUAGUAAAUGAGAGCACGUGGAUAAAGGAGCCAGUGAAUGAUGGGAACUUACCCAUGAGUGAUUUUGUGAGUGGAAUUGCCUUCAGUAUUGAUAAGUCUCACAUGUGCAUGUGGCCUCUCGCAGAAAGCAGUGUUCUGCCCUGUGAAAGCAGUAAUAUCCAGAUGGACAGUGGCUACCACACACAGACUUGUGGAAGCAGUAUCACUGCUGAUAUUGCUGGGACAGAAAGCUACUGCAAAGAAAAUGUCACGCAGUCCUUUGAAGUGGAAAUGAAACCUCAAGUUUGUAAUAUAAAGCAAGACCACACAGUGCAGAGGUGCUGGAUGAAAACUGCAAGUCCGUCUCAGUGCAGCAGCCCGUAGUCUCAGGACCAGAGACUACCACUCAGUAGCCUUGUGUUUUGAUGCACGACCUAACAUGAUGGUGACUGGGGGUAACUGCUUCAAGUAAUAUGCCUAGCUCCCUCCGGAAUGUGAAAAAUCAGUCCACACAGGAAAUUAGUGACGGGAACAGAAGCUCCAAGUUACUAAAGUACAAGAUUAUUUUUUUAACCAAUAAAUAUUUUUGUAUUUGCGUUGAGUGGUUUGUUUAACAAAAAUUAUGACAGCUGAUGGCUUUCUCCUGUCCUACAGGGUCACUG